UCAUUAGGCAACCAGAAAAUGCAAAAUGGAAGAAUACGCACGUGAACCAUGUCCCUGGAGGAUAGUAGACGAUUGCGGUGGAGCCUUCUCCAUGGGAUGCAUCGGUGGAGGUGUGGUCCAUUCUAUACUGGGAGCUAGAAAUGCACCGGCUGGUUUCAGGCAGAGAUUUAUUGGCAGUUUUUUAACAGUCAAACACAAAGCACCCAUUGUUGGGGGUAACUUUGCAGUAUGGGGCGGUCUGUUUUCCACAUUUGACUGCGCUCUUGUUCACAUACGUAAGAAGGAAGAUCCUUGGAAUUCCAUCACAAGCGGGGCGUUAACAGGAGCAGUCUUAGCAGCGAGAAAUGGAGCAGUCGCAAUGGCUGGAUCAGCAAUGAUCGGUGGUGUAUUAUUGGCCAUGAUUGAAGGCAUCGGUAUCUUGAUGACGAGAAUGUCAGCAGAUCAGUUUAGACCAGUGAAUCCCCAGAUGGAAGACCCCUCCCAGCUAGGACCCAAAGCUCCGCCCCCCUUCGGCAACACGCAGUAUCAAUGAUAGCAAC